AUGCAUUUCAUAUCAUUAGUCGCAGAGAAAGUUCAAAUACAAUAAAUUGAGCUGUUAUAACUUAUUUAAUUUUAUUUGAUAUCAUUUCUUCCUACUUUUUUCUCAUCCAACUACGCGCUUUCGUGGCGAAAUCUUCUUUUCGGUACUGAUACAAAAAUCUCGCAAUAUUUUUGACAAUAGCUAUUUGGCACAUACAAAUAUAAGUAAUGCAGUAGAAGGUUGGUGAAAUUGAAGAUAUAAGAAAAUACUUUCAAAUACUACUUAAAAAAUGACAAAUAUGCCUGAUACGGUGACAAACAUUGGCAAUCUGCUACAUUGUGUUUCGAAGCAAAUAAAACGCUCUGAACAAGAAGCGAUCAUCAGCUCGUUUUUGGCCACAACAACGGAGACGGAAAAUGUAAAGCCAGAUCAUUGCGCUAUAAAACGUGUUGAGAAGUUGGAAAAGGACGUAUUUACGCUCUUCGCACAGGUUCUGCACCUAUAUCAAGCCGAUGAAUUGAUGAUAUCAUUCAAUGGCGGCAAGGAUUGCACUGUCUUGCUAGAUAUAAUACAGCGCUAUUUCAAACGCAAUAAAUGUAUCAGCCACAUACGUAUACCGGUAUUGUAUAUCGAGACUGAAGAUAGUUUUCAAGAAGUCGAAGCUGUAGUGCUCGAUUGCGAGCGACGUUAUAAUAUAAAUUUGAUAAGACGUAAGGGUUGCAUAAAAGAUGUGCUAGCAGAGGUAUUACAAGAGAUACCCGAAAUGCGUGCAAUUUUCAUGGGUACAAGGCGCACAGAUCCAUUUAGUGAGAACUUAAAUAUUAUGCAGGUAACAGAUUUGAAUUGGCCACGUAUAAUGCGUAUUUUCCCACUACUCGAUUGGAGUUAUCGUGAUAUUUGGGAAUAUACAUUUGUGCGAAAAGUACCAUAUUGUAACCUCUAUGAGCAGGGUUAUACAUCAUUGGGUCAAAUACAUAAUACGUCGCCAAAUCCACACUUACGGAUCUUCGAUCCGAUAACAAAGGCUGUGACGUAUAAGCAUGCGGCUGAGUUGCGAGAUGCGGAAUAUGAACGUGCUGGCCGUAACAUAAAAAGUAAUAAAGAAAAUUGUGCGAAUAAUGAAACGAACGGUACUGAGGAACAAGGGGGAAAAAGCUAAAUGAGAACAAGAAAUGCAAUCAAAUAAAUAAGGAAGAUAAAAUAAUUUACUUAAAACUAUUGAAAAACAAAUCGUGAUACAUUUUAUAAAUAAAAUUAAUAACAAAUUUGUAUGUAUACAAUACUUACAUACAUGCAUGUAAGAUUUCCAAAUUAAGCAAAUGUCGUACCUACAAAAAUUAAUAAUUAGUAAUGCACAUAUGUAUAUAUUAUUUAUACAUUAUAUAUAAACAACCAUUAUGAAGCAUAUAAAUUUGAGCGAUAUACUUAAAUACUUGAUUUUGGUAACAUACAACAAUGUGAAAAUCAUAAUUAUGUACUAUGAGGCUUGCCUUUAUUUAUUUACUUAAAGUACUUAUAAUUUUAUUGCACCUUUACAUACACAACGGUAAUUUCUCGAACAAAAAUUAGUUGUAAGCAAUAUAUUGAAACGUUAAAAGUAUGGUGCUAUAUGCUUAUUCUAAUAGAAAAUAUAAAUAUCAAUUUCGACAGCAUAAAAA